CACCACGUGAUGACGCGUGUACCGCUAAAAGGCACUAGUGAUCGACCCCUGAUGUUGGCACGUCGCAACUUAUCCAACUGAUCAUCACGACUUCAUCAUGGCUUCUGUUGAUCAGCCCAUUGUGAUUGAUGACGAAGUCAACGACACCCCUCUACCCUAUUACCUGGCGAAGCAUGUCAAUCUAGGCUUCAAUUCGGAUGAUUUAGUCGCGCUUAUCAGCUCAAUCGAAUCGAGUCAAAAGCCACAAACAUCCGCACUUCCUCACCUUCCUGCUGAACUCCUUCUACUCAUUCUUGAGUAUGUACCUAUCGACUAUGUACUGGACUGGCGACUGGUCUGCCGCGGCUUUCGCGAUGCCAUUGAUGGUCGUGUUUUGUACCGUUAUCUGCAGCGGGCUGAGUUAAUCGGGACUAUGGGAUCAAGAGAUUCUGGCCGACUUUCUAGCUUGAGUGACGAAGAGUUUGAUCAGAUACAUCUUCUUCGCGCGCCAUUCCUGCAUAUUGAUAACACUGCUGGAGAGGAAAAACAAGAAGGCCCAGUCUGGGGUCGUGAGCAUGCGGUGUUCCAGAUUGGUGAUAGCUGGUUCCAAGCAUUCAGACAGAUUGGUGGCGCUGCAGCUAAAGACGGAGAUACAGUUGAAGAUGCAGACACAAAAUGGCUGAACUUACUGGACCGCCUGGAGCUCAGGCGGGCAGAGAAGGGCUUUGGGACGCUGAGAUGGUGUCUCAAGCUAGAUCACGCGGUGUUGGAUAUGGACUUCCCACUUGAGGUUGGAAGAAACACCUUCGAUGUCGACGUACACCUGCACAAGAAAAGCGUUAGAGUCGCUUGGAAGCCAAUGCUGUUCCAAUUCUUGAAGACGGAAAGAGCGCUGAGGAAGUUGAUGAAAGAGGAACGCGACCCGACAUUCACAUUUAGUCGCGACGAAGAUUACCUUCGUUCGAUACGACGCCAGCGUCUCCAUUCAUCCCUCGACCCUGAAAACAAGGUGGACCGACACAUCAAGUGGUCACUCCGCCUGCUUCCACCGUUGUUCGGCAAGCCCAGUCACGACCACGCACUCGGCCUCGAGGACGUCGAGAACAAAGCCAUCAAUUUGUUGUUACUCCUGCGCCGGGAGGCCGCUAUGAGUAUACGUCAACUGGCAUACCUACGCCAAUUGGCCGAGGAUCGCAAAAACAUGGAUAGCGAGUUGCAAGAGCUCGACCAAACAUUCAGGGACUUCAAGAGCAACAUGUCCAUGCCGGGAUUUGAGUUCAGCUUCUCAAUGCAACCGGAGUCUGAGCAAAACAUUCCUCGCAAUCCCAUCGCUUGGCCUGAUGAUUUGAGGAGUAGGAUUGAGGAACGGGUCGCGAAAUGGAAGUCCCAGAAGAAGGCCAUUGAGCAGAUGCAAGUGCUUUUGACGGCAUCGAAUGAGACUCUUGCGGUACCCGACGAUGGCUUUGAUGAUUUGGAUAGCGACUUUUGAAGCCAUAUACAAAUGUCAAGUUAGCACACUGAGCAUUGGAAGUAGCAUAACCACUGCCCCGAAAACAAGAGGAGAUCUGGAGCUUGUCGAUCUACCGCCUUAUGAAUCAUCUCCAUCUUGAGCCUAGUCUGUUAUCGCUAAAUUUGUUGUGCUACAUAUGAUCUGCGACUUCAGUUACCAUUCAAGCUCUUUGGAAUACAGACACUUCUCAUCAAAAGAUCUGCUCUUCCUGGCGGUAAGAAUAUAGAAUUGGAGACUUAUGCAGAUCAGACUGCUGGCUACAUGUAAGGUGCACGG